AUGGCAUCCCAGCCAUCCUCAGCCACACAGGCGAGCCCCCCUUCGUCGCGCUCGGCCGUCACACCCACCACCCCGAGCUCGCCAACCCGACCAGGCCCUCCCUUCCGCUCGCCGACUGGUCCUCCAACCCGCCCUCUUCCGCAAGUCCCAUCGGACAACGACGUGUCUCUCCCAGACCACGCUUCUGUUGGCUCGGGACCAGUGCAAGGCAUGGGUGGAUGCAACCCGUUCCAAGUCGACCUUGUCAUUCCGUUUGACAUCUCUGCAAAGGGCGACCGCGCCGCUGCGCAGCAGGACGCCUUGCAGGGGUACCAGCGCCUCGUCUCAGCCCUCGAGAACGAAGGUGGUCUCCGCAUCGCAUCGCGUCCCGGUCGUGGUGGUAAAGGUUGCGAGGAUGUCUGGGUGUUUGUCGGCGCCAGCGACGCAAAGGUCGCCGAGCUCGUUGAGCGUGAGCGUAUUGUCGAUUUGGCACAUGGCCUGCACUCGACUGUCGAGCCCAUGACGAGCCCGGCGACGCGUCUCCGUCUCCUGUACCAGCUCCUCACGGCCCCCACGAUCCAGCACGGCCUGGGUAUCACCCCGGCCGAGGGACAGUGGAAGCGUGUCAAGUCGAUCGUGGCGCUGCACGAUGACGCCCGCGACAAUGCCUGGGUCGAGCGCUGGACCGUUGGUGGUGACUGGAAGAUUGGCCUCCUCCGCGGUCUCAGCCAGGACGACGAGGACAUGCUCGGUCGCGACCAGCCUCCCGCACUCAGGCUCUACUUCAACUUCCUCACGACUUACACAAUGUCCCUCAUUCCCAUGUCAAUCAUUGGUUUGGCAGUCUGGAUCUACCUCCCGGUCGACAGCUACCCACCUGCCUUUGCGCUCCUCCUCUCCCUCUAUGCUUGCUCCUUCAUCGCCACUUGGCGUAUCCGUGAGCGCAAGCUUGCCGUCGACUGGGGAACCCGUGGAACCGAGUCCAUGGCCAUCGACACGCUCCGCCCACAGUACGUCCAAGGCCACAACAUGUCCCGCGUCGGUGCAGAGAGCCACCGCACUGGUCUCAUCCGCGAGGUCAAGGUCGUGGGCUCUAUUCCUCUCAUCAUUGGCUGCGGUGUCAUUCUCGGCUGCAUCCUGAUGGGCAUCUUCAUGCUUGAGGCAUUCGUCGGCCACCUCUGGCACGGCCCGGGCAAGUCGUUUGUGCCCUACGUCCCCACCGCGCUCUUCUCGAUUGUCGUGCCCCAGGUCGUGGCCCUCUUCAACGGCUUCUCGCGCCGCUUCGUGACUUGGGAGGACCAUGCCACCACCCAGUCGCAGCGCAAGUCGCUCACUGCCAAGACGUUUGCCAUGAACAGCAUCGUCGCCUACCUUGGUCUCUUCCUGUCCGCCUACGUUUACCUUCCCUUCGGCCCCUACGUCAUGCACCGUAUCCAGGACCUCCUCUCGGGCUUCCAGGGAGCCGACCACUCUGCUGCUGGCCACGCCGCGGCUGCCGCUGCUUCCUCCUCGUCGGCCGCUGCCUCUGCCAGCGCCGUCGCUGCUGCAGCUGCCUCGGCCCCCCCACAGCUUAGCGCCCUCCGCAGCCGCAUCAACGUCGGCCGUCUCAAGAACCAGGUGUUUGCCUACACUGUCACCAACCAGGUCGUCAACACCUUCCUCGAGGUUGGCCUUCCUUACAUUCUCCGCUUUGUCAAUGACUGGCGUGCGGGCAAGACCACCAUCAAGGGCGCUUUCAAGCAGGAUGAUGAAAAGCCCGCCACCACUGAGGGCGACGCCGAGAAGCGCUUCCUUGACAAGGUUGGGCGCGAGCUCGAGCUCCCGGCUUACAACAUCUUUGUCGACUAUGCGGAGAUGGUGACUCAGUUUGGCUACGUCGUUGUCUGGGGUCUCGUGUGGCCUCUUGCCCCCGUUUUCGCCCUCAUCAACAACUACUUUGAGCUUCGCUCCGACGCCCUCAAGAUCUGCAAGCACGUUCAGCGCCCGGUUGGGGAGCGCGUCGAGACUAUCGGCACUUGGCUCGACACCAUGGGCAUCAUCGCAUGGGUCGGUGCCUGGACAUCUGCCACUCUCAUCCAGCUCUUCCGCCCCCGCCACGACAUUGCCGACAACUACAUCGGCACCUUGGCCGGCUACCUCGCGACUAGCUUUGACGCUCCCCCCACUUUCAAGCAGGUCCUCCCGCUCAUCGCUCCCGUGGCCUUUGCCGCCCUCGUGGCGUCGCACGGCUACUUUGUCCUCAACUACGUCGUCACCGCCGUCGCCGAGCGCGUCCUCUGGAUGGGUUCGCCCGAGCAGAUUGCCGUCGACUCGAGCAACUACCCCGGCGGUGACAGGACCGCUGCCGACGUCGAGCGCAGCCUUGCGCAGGUCCACAACGCCGAGCUCGUCGGCGACAAGGAGAAGAAGUCGUACCCGGACGCCUUGGCCGGCAUUGGCUUCUGGAACGGCCCGGCAGAGGGCGCCGCGGAGAUUACCCGCGCCGCUAAGACGGAGUGA